UCAUUUGAUAACAGAAUCCGUUCGGUGAAGUUCGGCUUGAAACGCAAAAAGUGGAACAUGUCUAACGUGGAACAAGUACACAUGCUCCAACUCAGUACAUCCCUUAAGAUCGUAGUGAUGACCCUCACCAUUGUUCUAAUGCUGUUGGGAACAAUAGUCAAACGGAUCAUUUACAAGUUAAUCACCACCAAAGGAGCAUCAGGAGUAUUCGAUCGGUUGAUUCUCUUCGAGCAGCUUAUGAGUUGUUCAUGUUAUUUCAUUGGCUUUGGCAUCCUCGCUUCGCUCUUAGGAUACAAAGGCGAGGAUUUUGGAAUAGCGGGCUAUUGUGUGUGUUCCAUCAUUGACUUAGCAUUCUUGUUUAAUGCCUUUCUGACAGUUCUAGCGGGAGCGAGCAUCGCUACACUCAGACUUCUCUUCAUUUGGCAAGGAAUCCAAUCCAAAUCAAAACUCAUGUUUUUGGCCAAACUUUUACCUUGGUUCCUUUUCUCCGUAUCUGCACUAAGUGGGGGUUUGCUACAUACCUUUCCAGCUUAUGAAUACAAUUACUACAUGGACUUAUGUUUGGGACACGAGGAGCGAUAUCUUCGAUCGGAAUCACGCAUCUUUACAGCUUUGAUAUUGAGGGGCAUUUUCCCUGUUCUUGGUAUAGUUUGCUCUUUUGUAGAGCUUGGAUCCUAUGUUGUUAUAUUCAUGCAUAUUUUGAACCAUGAACGAUUCGUGGCUCAACCGUUAUUUGGAAAAACCAGUAGGGUGGUAAAAAACAGACGGCACUCCAAUAUUGUCUCUCUUCAAGGACAUUUUGCCACCCAUAUUCUGGAAUUGACCUUUCUACUGCUGAUUGUGAUUGCUGGAACAGCGGUGAAGACUCAUCGGACUCAAAUUUUGGAGAUCUCGCAACUUAUGUUUCCCAUUUUCAGUUUUCUUUUGAUCCCUGUAAUCCAGGUUGUUUCUUCGAGACAAAUGAUGCAGAAAAUAACUUCUAAGUUGAAAGAUGCAAAAACUGUGUGGUUACGCAAAUAAUGUCAUUUUGAGCCUUCUUAAAGAGA